AUGGCUAUGAUGAGCGAACCCUCACCUAAGGAGACAAGACUCAGCGCGUCUUUCAAGAAAUGGAUGGCGAAGGGGACAUCAGGCGAGUGGCCUCUCCAACAAGCGCUCACAUCUACAACUUGGAAAGUUCUCGGGUUGGAAGGGCUGAUGGAACAAGAAGACGAAUAUCAAGAACUCGUUGACAGACUGGCCCACCUGAAUGAAGAAGUCCUUGACCGAAUCCCUCCAAACGCUGCAAUGAGUGCCACGGCGGCUAAACAAACGGAAGCUCUCAAGACGAUUGUGACUGAAAUCGAAAAUUCUGUGGAGCUGCAAAAACGUAUGCCUCUCCAUGUCCGUGCCAAUCUGAAUCAGUCCGAAUCGAGACGGCGCCUGCGGAGCAAGCUGGACUCCGUGACUAUAAUGCUUACUCACCUCUGGCUGGAGAAUGCCUCUGGGCGAAUAGAGAGGCUCGAAGACAUUGCUCGCUUGCCCUUAUCCCCCACGUCCCCCACUCGCACCCUUCCUGAAAUACCUCCCAAGCCAUCGAUUUUCUGUGGCAGGGACGAUUUGGUCAACAGAAUAGUUCAACUUUUACUCCAGCCUACGGCUUGCCACAUACCACUGCUUGGACCAGGAGGAAUCGGAAAGACGGCUGUUGCUGCCGCAGUGAUGAAUGACCCUUUGGUUAAGGGGAAAUUUCGCUUCCGGAUUAUAUUUGUCAGCUGCGAAGGUAUCAUCUCAGCCGAAGGCAUUAUCCAAGCCCUUAUGGCAGCGCUGGGCUUGCAAACAGACUCCAAUGCUCGCCAGAUGGUGCUCGCAAACCUGGAGGAGCGAGGCACCAGCCUUCUGGUUCUCGACAAUCUCGAAACUGCAUGGGCCUCAGGGGACCAAAUCAAUGUGGAGCACCUGCUGGCCAAGCUCGCCGGGAUCGAUACUCUAUCCCUCAUCAUCACAAUGAGAGGGGCGAUUCGACCAUGUGGUAUCCAGUGGGCCGAGACUUGUAGCGAGCCUCUCGGCACACUUCACAUCUCGGCCGCUCACCAGAUGUGGAGAGGGAUUGCUCAUAGGGAAGGUCCUGGUCUGGACGAGCUUCUGGGGCUCCUUGACGGACUUCCGCUGGCAAUCCACCUGCUAGCUCGUCAAGGUCAAGUCAUGAAUCCCGAAGAACUCCUCAAUGGCUACCGAGCGAAGAAGACAGCUCUUAUGAAGAAUGGUUUUGGUCCACUGGCAAACCUUGAUGCAUCGAUUCAGCUCUCAUGGGACUCACCACUCAUGUCGGAUAGCCCAAACGCACGGGCACUUCUUCCUCUUCUCUGCCUCCUGCCGGACGGCAUACCAAUCCAUUCUCUUCCUCAACUAUUUCCCUCUAUGUCCGACACCCAAUCGACUGCAAUCAUACUGUUGGAGGCUGCAUUAGCUUUGAAGGAGCCUACCGGGAGACUGCGUGUGUUGUCUCCCAUUCGCGACUUCAUCCUUUGCCACUAUCCCCCAUCGGGAUCAUGGCUACACGAGCUUCGAACAUACGUCCAGAAUCUCACCCGGAAGAUGCAGACAUCCAAAAUUGGCACGACCGAAGGUAAACAAGCGGUGAACCUCCUAACGACCGAAUUCGGCAAUAUCAAUUCCGUCUUACUGCAUUUUUGGAAAGCGCCACCUCACGACAGCGAAAUCAGGGACCUCCUAGCUGCGACGGGCCAACUUGCCACCUUUUCUCAUCUAGCCAGCUGCGGUGAUUGCACACAAUUGGUCAUGGAGGCAAGAUUAAGGCUCGAAGAAAUGGGUUAUGCGCAGGGAGCAGCUGAAUGUGCUCAGAGGCUGGGCGAUAUCCUGAGCAGCCAUGAUCGAUACGACGAGGCAAUUGAAAGCUUCAAAGGAGCAAUGCGUAUGUUUGACCUUACCGGCAAUUUUUUGGCAGCGGCGCGUUGUAUCCGCAGCAUUGGUGAUCUUCUGCGCAUGCGUAAUCGGUACCCUGAAGCCAUCGCACAUCUCGAGGACGCACAGGUCGUCUUCGAUCGGAGGGGCGACGUUCUCGGGGCAGCACAGUGCACGCAAAGCCUUGGUGACGUUCUUCGUAUGAUGGGGUACUACAAAGGAGCUAUCCAAAAGCUCGAGCAGGCAAGGGGCUAUUUAUCGCGAAUCACAAACCGCUCGGAGUACGAUGAAGCCAAUGAGCGGUUAGAGAUGGCCAAGGACACGUUCGACGAUAUCAGACAUCGGCUGGGCGCAGCGCAAUGCGCACGAAGCCAGGGCGACGCCCUGCGAAUGCUUCGGCGAUACCCAGAAGCGAUCACGAAGCUCGAGGAAGCACGGGUUGUCUUCACAGAAAUUGGAAACCGCUUGGGUGCCGCGCAAUGCAACCUUGUCAUCGGAAACGUGCUUCGCAUGCAAGGUCGAUUUGAGGAGUUUCUAGAGCGACUAGAGGCUGCGCGCGCGAUGUUUCGCGUGAUCCGUGACCGCCUAGGCGUCGCCGAAUGCAACAAGUCCCUACCGUCUAUCCUGAUCAAGAUGGAUCGCAUCGACGAGGCUUCAUCCAUACUUCAAGAAGCGCUCUCGAUCUAUCAAGACCUUGGGUUGGACGCGUUCGCGGUCAGUAUCAGCCCCACUGCCCCCAUCUUCAAGGGAAUCGCCGAGGACAAUGGCAUCUCAUCAGUUGUUCAUGCUGUUGCGGACAGUCAUUCGCUGGAAACAUCGUUGAUACGUGGCUCUUCUUUCUACCGCUCGGAUCGUUGCACGAAGUGGAAGACUCGCACAAGUAGCUCAAUCAACCCUAUGAAAGACAACGUUGAGCGAAUGACGCUGAGCGUCCUUGGAAUCUGGGAUCUCGUUGACAAUCAUCAGAAGGACUGCCAGGAGCUUGCAGGGCGACUGACAUUGAUCUCCGAGCAGGUUCUGAAGCGAACUUAUACGGAGACAGACCAAGAGGAUAAUGAGCAGAUUAGGCGCCUGAUUGAGGCACUCAGGGAAGUGGUACCGGAAGUGGAAACAUACCUUCGAAAGCAGCGUGGAGUUCGAGGUGCACUCGCGAAACAGACUUCCGCAGAGGCGGGGAAUGCCCUUCAUAAGAGACUAGAUGGGCUCAUGCUGGAGUUUGCGGUGCGAGCAGAGAAGACAGCUCUUCUCGCGCGUGGUGGCCCGGAGGGAAGACUUACUCGAUUGGACGUAUCCAUCCAGCUGUCGCUCUCCUCCCAUUCGGUUUGCGCCAACCCGGCGGCCCUACACCUGCUGUCCCUUGUAUGUCUGCUCCCUGACGGCGUGCCUGUCCGUGACCUUGCACAAAUCCUGUCCUCUAUGAAGAAUACGAGACAAACAGCACUUGUCCUGCUUCAGGCUGCAUUUAUCGUCCGUCCUGAGCCAGGGCUGAGGAUCAAAGCCCUCUCUCCCAUCCGCGACUUUAUCCUCCUCCGGUACCCCCCUUCCGGCCCUGCCCUGGAAGAAGUCCGCCACCACUUCAUGGCGCUCGCUUCACAAGCUGCGAAACUCGGUUCACAUGACUCAAGACAUGUGGUCGACUCUAUCUCUGCCCAGUUCGGGAACAUCAAUGCUGUUCUCCUGCAUGCUUGGCGUUCAGCUCCAGAGAAGGAACCUCAGAGGAAUGAGCUACUGCAAGCGACCGAACACUUGGCGCAGUUUUCCCAUGUCGCGAGCUACGGGGAUUGCAUGCCCCUUCUUGGGGAGGCAGUCGCCUUUUUGGACAAGACUGGGAACCUGAGAGGGGCAGGUCUGUGCCGGAAGCUGAUGGGCCAUCUCCUUGGUCGGCAAGAUCGUUAUCCCGAGAUGUUUAAGGUGCUUGAUGGUGCGAUUGCUGCCUUCUUGGAUGUCGACGAUCAGCUUGGAGUUGCCCAAUGUACCUACACGGUGGGUGGUGUACUGCUCAUGCUCCGUCGGUACAGCGAAGCCGUCGUCAAACUGAAGAAAGCGAAGACAACUUUCGAAGCUGUCGGGAAUCGACACGGCGCUGCACAGUGUACCCGUAGCAUGGGGGAUGUACUUCGGAUGCUUGGGCGGUUCGAGAAGUCUAUCGUAGAACUUCAAAGCGCGAAAGCGACACUCAACGAACUGGGUGACCGGCUUUGGGUCGCGCAAUGUACACGGAGUCUAGGAGACGUUUUUCGCAUGCAGGAGCAGUUCGAGCAAGCUGUCAUAUUUCUCGAAGAGGCUAGAGUCGAGUACGAAUCCGUCGGUAAUCGGCUGGGGGCGGCACAAUGCGUCCGCAUGAUCGGCGACGCGCUUCGCAUGCAACGUCACUACGACAAGGCCCUCACAACUCUCGAGGAGGCAAACCUCGAAUAUGAUGCUAUUGGUAAUCGAAUGGGGGCUGCACAAUGCAUGUUAAGCAUCGGUGAAGUGCAUUUCAUGACACAAACAUACGAUGCUGCUCGCGCAACGCUAGAAGAGGCCAACUCUCGAUUUGUCACCAUCGGGUAUCGAUUUGGCAUUGCAGAAAGUAGCAGGUUACUUUCUCGAGUUUACUUCGCCCCCGACCACAAGGCAGAGGCAAAGCUGCUUCUACAAGAGGCGUUGCAAAUAUUUGAAGAUAUGAGGCUCAUGGAAGAAGCGCAAGCUUGCGCUGCAGAAGUGAAGAAUAAUACUGCCGUAUUCUCCGGGCGUAUUCACCGACAGAUUGAGGGAAUGGAAAACCGACCAAAAUUCGAGAAAGCCCUUCCCGACCUGACCGAGAAACAAGCGGCAUUCACCUCCAGCAACCGGGAAGGGUGCGAGGCAGAGUUUAGCGAUGAAGAGAUCAGACGGAAGCUCCUUGAUAAUCAGCGCAAAAUCCAGGCAUUGAGCAUGGCGCCAGAGCGCAAUAUUCAGCCAGGUCACUCAUUAACGAAUCAUUUACGUGAGAUAACAGAGGAAGUUUUGGAAUUUAUGUCCAGCGGAGUAGUCUCUACUCGCUUUCGGCACGUUGUCGAAGAGCUCGACCAUCGAUCAAAACUCCCAACCUUCGAGCUCCCACCAAGGCCUCAGAUCUUUUUCGGCAGAAGAAAAGAAAUGGAGGCCUGUAUCUCUGCUUUGCUCGCGCAUGAUAGCGCACACUUGUCAUCGACGGGGCCCGGUGGGAUAGGAAAAACCACCCUCGCAAUCGCGGUGCUUCAUGACACCACUGUCAUGCGCAAAUUUGGCUCCGGACGCAUGUUCCUCAGUUUGGACGGUGUCACCUCUCUAGAUGGUUUUCUUUCAUGCCUUCAGCGAGUGCUUCACCUCGGGGAGGCCGAAAAUCCUCGCCAAAUGAUCGUUGAAUACUUUGCAUCUCUCCAUGAGCAUUUCUUGAUUGUGCUGGAUAACUUUGAGUCCCUGUGGGAUACGGAAGAACAAAAUGAAGUCGAAUCGAUCCUCGGAGAAGUUGCAUUGAGUAAUUAUCUGUCGAUCCUGGUGACAAUGAGGGGGAAUCUCCGUCCGACAGGCGUUGUUUGGUCGUCACCGGAGACAGGUUCACUCCAGCCGAUCGGACUGGAGGACGCUUAUCAGAUCUUUGACAAGAUCAGUCGUCGGAGCGAGCGUACCAACGCCGUCGACACACUAUUGGGAAUGCUAGACGGCCUGCCACUGGUAAUCACACUCAUAGCAUAUCAGGGGCAGAUCCUCGCCAUCGAAGACCUGCUGGAAGUAUACCAGAAAGAGGCGGCUCGCCUUUUACGUCGAGGACGCGGUCGGCGACAAACAAGCCUGGAAGUUUCGAUCGAAGUCUCGCUCAAGUCACUCACAAUGCAAGACCACCCAGAGGCGUUGAAGUUGCUCUCUAUCUUGUGCCUGCUUCCGGAUGGUAUGAAAUAUAUCGCAUUGAGCCUCGCAGUGCCAUCCUUGGAAUUGCCUGGAGAAGCUUCACGGACGCUCCAGCAAGUUGCAUUGGUCACUGAAAACCCCGAUCGACUCAAGGUGCUGGCGCCUAUCCGGGAGUAUAUUUUGAUGCAGUAUCUACCAGAUGUUUUUCAUCUGGUGCAGGUGCGACAUUAUUAUAUCCGGCUUGCCUUCCAAACGACAAAUGUUGGGAGAGCGCCCCUACCAGAGACUGUCGCUGUGGUGUUGCCAGAGAUUGGCAAUAUGACCGCGGUACUGCUCCACGCGUGGCAGACUCUUGUUAUGGACGACGAUAUCGACGUGUUAUUAGAUGCGACGAGGCAAGCUGCCAGAUUCUCCCAGGUUACGAGUUCUGGUGAUACACAGCGGCUUCUGAGUUGCGCCAAGCAGACCCUAAGAGCAAUUGGCGCACAAUUGAGUUCAGCCAAAUGCGGAUGGAGCCUUGGAGAAGUCCUGCGGAUGAAAUAUCGGUAUGAAGAUGCUAUUGCAACAUUUGAAGAGGCCAGAAUCCUGUUUGAUGCGAACGAUGAUCGUCUGGGGCUAGCACAAUGCAGAAAGAGUAUAGGACAUGUACAAUUGAUGGAGGAUCGACAUGACGAGGCAAUCGUGAAUUUGCAAGAAGCCAUGACGGUCUAUCGCGAGCUCGGCGAUGAGGAUGGGGUAGCUGAGUGCGCUAUCAGGAUAGGCGACGUAUUGCAGAUACAGCAUCAACACAAGAAGGCGCUCGCGCAGCUCGAGACCGCGAAGGCCAUCUUUGAUGCCAUUGGUAAUCGACUGGGCACUGCGCAUUGUGCCCAGAGCAUAGGAGACGUGCUGAGGAUGGAUAAUCGAUACGAAGAGGCAGUCCAACGCUUCGAGGAGGCCCGCACGAUAUUUGAAGCUCUAGACAAUCCACGCGGAGCAGCGCAGUGCAUUCUCCGUAUAGGAGAUAUCCUCCGUAUCCUGCAUCGGUAUAGUGAUGCUACUGCAAGAUUGGAGCAAGCGAAAAAUAUGUUUGAGGUCAUCCAUCAUCGACACGGCAUUGCGCAAUGUUUGCAGCUCCUCGGCAGCGUUCUGCUCAUGCAGGGUCGAUAUGACGAUGCGGUCGCAGACGUUGCACAGGCGAAGGAGGAGUUUGAGGGCACGAGCGACCGACUUGGAGCAGCCCAGUGCGUGUUGAUGCUUGGUAACAUCUUGCGUAUGCAGAAUCGGUGGACCGAGGCCGUAACCAAGUUUAACGAAGCCCGUGCUGUUUUUGAAGUAAUCGGAGAUCGACUCGGCGUAGCAAGAUGCAUCAAAGGCGUUGGUGACGUCCUGGUGAUACAACAUCGCCUCGAAGAAGCACUCGAGACCUUGGAGGAAGCGAGGAACGCGUUCGAAAUUGCUGGUGAUCAACUCGGUCUCGGACAAUGUGUUCAAAGUCUAUCUGAUGUGUUGCGCAAGCAAGGACGAUACGAGGAAGCGAUAUUGAGGUUACAGGAGGCAACGGCGAUAUUCUCUGGUGCAGAUGAUCGUCUUGGAUAUGCGCUUUCUGUCCUGCGCCUCGGGGAGAUCUAUCGCAUGCAAAAUCGAUACGACGAUGCGAUGGCCAGGGUCCAAGAGGCUAAGGCUGUGUUCGAGCUCCUCGGACAUCAGCUCGGCACGGCACAAUGCAUCAAGAUUGUAGGAGAUAUCUUUCGCAUGCAAAACCGCUGGGAUGAAGCUGUUCCAAUGUUGCAGAAAGCAGAUACGAUGUUUGAAGAAUUGGGGGACCGUUUGGGCGCUGCUCAAUGCAAAUCGGCUCUGGGAGGGGUAUUCGGUUUGCAAAAUCGAUAUCAGGAAGCCGCAGCUGUGCUGCAAGUCGGAAAAGCACAAUUUGAACCGAUGGGUCACCAGUCCGGGGCGGCGCAAUGCAUGCGAAGUUUAGGAGACGUUCUGCACAUGCAAGAUCGCAAUGAUGAGGCGAUCGAGACGCUGCAGAAAGCGAAGGCACUGUUCGAUUCCUUGCACGAACAGUUUGACGCAGGGCAGUGUCUGCAAAUUCUUGGCAAGGUGCUACGCUUCACACGCCGAUGGGAGGAAGGAGCUAGUGCACUCGAAGAAGCAAUUACAAUCUUCCGCCAACAGCAUCACCAGGUAGGGGUGGCAAUGUGCAAGCAGGAGAUUGCAUCCGUACGACUAGGGCAAGGAAGAGCUGAAGUAGCGAUGGCGGAGCUUGCUGAGGCGAGCACAAUAUUCAAGGCCUUCGACGAUGGACUGGGAAUUGCGAGGUGUAUUGGUACGUUCGGUGACUUGUGUAUUGUAGUUAGUCCGCCGUAG